AAGUAAAAUAUUUUUUUAAUGCCAACRAAGUUACUGACACUUGACACUGUCAUGCUCAAAUUGUUCUUUUCAUUUUCUUGAAGGUUAUGUCUGCUUUAUGUUUAUAUGCCUCUUCUGCAAAGAGAAGCUCAUGACAUACAAGAGGAUUGGAACUCACACAGAAUAAGGUUCCAGAAAGGAAAAGACCGUCCUUGUGGAGUACCAAAUGAUUUGUUUGACCUUCCAAGUAUGCAUGGUGCACAAGAUAUGAAGCAUGAAGUGUCCCAUUCAGACAUUUCAUUUUUGAAAGAAAAGUUUGACCUUGGUCAAGACCUUGAUUACCUUCCCCAGACAUUCAAAGAGGAGGCCGAUUUAUUCAUAAAGUUCACUGGUAGGGUAUUGAAACUUGAAACUGCAACAGAGAUUUACGAGGCACUUGUCUUGCAUUUUUCUCAAUAAAUAUUUUACCAAAUAUCAACUUCAUUGAGCAACUCUAAUUUAGGAAGAAGGUCUAAGAAAGAAGGUCUGUUUGAUGGGGGUUGAAAACAGAGAGACAKCACUUCUUGAGCACCAGUGGAAAUGUCCUGAAAGGUGGGAUAUUCAUCCCUUUCUAUGGCAUUCAUGACCUCCCGUCCAUUCAUCCCAUCCCAUGCUUUUUUCCUGCUGUAUACCUCUCCCAUGAUUACUMCAAAGGAAUAAACAUCUACAGCCAUGGUAGGUUUUUCCCCUUUAAGCUGCUCUUUGUGCUGGUAAGCCAGUGUCCCAGCAUUACUGCCACCAACAUUGGUAACCAUUGUGCCAUCUUUCAACUUACUGACACCAAAAUCACAUAUUAUAGGUUUCAAGGUUUUGUCCUCUAUCUGUAAAAAGAGUGAAAUAAAGUGCAGAAUUUUAA